AUGAAGGCGCUCAGUACAGCACUCUUAACACUACUAGCUCAGCGUAAUCACUUAUAUAAUAGAGAUAUUUCUGAUGAUCAUCAUGAUCAAGUUGUUCAGCAUAUCGUUGAUGUACAUGUUAAUAUUAAAAAGUAUACAAUGGAAUUGUUCGAAAAGUAUCGAAGAAAUAACUACACAACACCAAAACAUUAUGUAGAUUUUAUAAAGACUUACUUAACACUUAUAACAAAUAAAAAAAAUAGUACAACUUUUCAAUAUAAUCGAUUAUUGGUUUGCUUAAAUAAAAUUACUGAAGUGUCUAAGUACUCGAUUGAAUUAAAUAAUAAAUUAUCAAUUAAAAAGACAGCAGUGAUUGAAAAAAUAGAAGAAUGUAAUAACUUAGAAGCUUUAAUAAAAGAAUUAAAUGAAAUCAUUGUACAAAUGAAAAAAAUUAGUUUAUCAAUAAAAGAUAAAAUUAAUAAAGAAAGCAACAAAAUGAUAAUUCAAGAAUCUGCACACGAUAAAGAAAUAUUUACCGAUGUUUUUUUUGAACUGAAUAUAAUCAAAACAACAUUAAACGAUUUGAAGAACAGUGAUCUUGUAGAGUUGCAAUUACUUUCAGAACCUCCACAUUUGGUGCAAAUGGUUGGCGAGUGUAUCGCAAUAAUAAAAGGUUCGAAAGAAAUUUCAUGGGAAAGUUUUCAAAAUCUACUUAGUGAUCCAGAUUUUAUUGAAUCUUUGCAAGAAUUGGAUGUUAAUGAAAUAACUAUUGAACAACAACAAUUAAUAGAUGCUCGUUUGAAAAAUUUUAAUGAAUUUGACCAAUUGAAAUCAAUUAGUAAAAUCGCUUUUGAAUUGUAUCAAUUUCUGCAAGUGACAUUGCGUUUAUAUACUUUCUGUCAAAAAUCAGAAAAAAUAAAAAAUUAUGAAAUUGAUUCGGAAUGCAUUGAAAUGGGAGUCAGAACAGGAGAAAAUAAAUUAGAAAACCUAGAAAAACAAUUAACAGAAUUAAAUAUGAAAUACAACGAUGCAACAUCUAGAAAACGAGAAUUGCAAGAAGAAAUAGACUCUUUGCAAAAAUACUUAAUCUUCGUUGAUAAAAUGACAAACGAGCUUUUAUCUGAUAGUGAUAAGUGGGAAGAGGAAUUAAAAUAUAUGAGAGUUGAUUCUGAAUGCAUCAUUGGGAAUUGUCUAAUGUCUGCUGGAUUUUUAAUAUACUGUGGACCUUUCACAGCUGAAUUGAGAAAUAAAAUGCUUUAUAAUGAUUGGAUGAAGAGCAUUAUCGAAAAAAACAUCCCAGUAUCAAAAUCAUUUAGGUUGGAAAAAUACUUGACUGAUGGUAUUCAAAAAAAUGGAUGGAAUUUUCAGGACUUAUCACAAGAUGAGUUUUCAAUUCAAAAUGGAAUUCUAACGAUGUUCUCUUCCGAAUUGCUUAUUUGUAUUGAUCCUCAUCAACAAGCAUUGAAUUGGAUUAAGAAAAUAGAAAAAAAACCUUUGAAAAUUGUUUCAUUUUAUGAUCAAGAAUAUAUGGAACAAUUUGAAUCGGCUGUUAAAGAUGGAUUUUCAGUAAUCUUUCAAGACUUUGAUUAUUUUCAUUACAUUUUGGAUGAUAUUUUAGCAAAAAUCAUACAAAGUGUUAAUGGACAAUCUUUAAUCAACCAAAAUAGUACACAAAGAGAUUACAAUGUAAAAUUUCGGGUAUACUUCAUAACUAAAAUUUCAAAUCCCAGUUUCAACCUUAGAAUAUUCUCGAAAGCAACUAUUAUUAAUUACAUGACUACUACAGUAAUCAAAUCAGAUCAAGUUUGA